AUGCUGGGGCUGCGGAUGACGCCGGAAGAGCGGGCGCGCGCGGGGGGCGCGGGGUGGCUACUGGCGCGGGAGGAGGCGGCGUGGGUGUGGGCGGAGGAGGAGCGGCGCGCGAAGGCGGCGGCGGCGAGGGCGGCCACUAAAGCGGCCAAGGCGGCGGCGAAGGCAGGGCAGCAGGCGCCGGCUCGGGCGCCCGAUCAGAUGCGGGGCGGGGAGCAGCGGCCGGCGCCGUGCGUGCCGCGCGGCAGGAGCCCGUUUGAUGCGCCCGCCGUGCCGGCCGCCGCGGCGCGCGUGGUGUUCGCGGCGGCGCCGCUGGCUAUCGAGGGCGGCGCAGGCGCCACGCAGGGCCCUGCCAAGCAGCUGCUGAGGCCAGAGCCAGCAGGCGGCAGGGGUUCAGCGCCGACACCGAGCAGGAGCGCUUCCGCAUCCUCCACACCCCUCAUGUCGGCCGCCGCCGCCGCCGGCGCGGCCGUGCAGGCCGCUGCGGCGCCACCUCCCCCGCUGGUGCUGCAGCGCCGGGGGCCGACCUGGCGCACACGCGUGCUCUGGAACUCGGCCCGCGCCGCGGCGCUCGCGGCGCCGAGCGUUUUGACCUUCCCCGCCGCCGCGGCCGCGAGCGCGCUGCUGCCCGCGAGCGUCGCGGCCGCAGGCGCGCCGUUCGCGGCGGCGCUCGCGCCGCUGGUCGGUAUGACGCUGCCGUUCCUGCUCGCGCUGCCGCCCGCCGCGGUGGGGCUCGAGCUGUUCGGCGUCCUGCUUCGAAAAUACGCGGUUGAGCGUACCUAUUGCAUCGGACAGCAGUGGGUCCUCACGGCCCAGGGGCUCGAGCCCGCGCUCAAGCCGAUGGACCGGUAUCCGCGGGACUGGCGGUCGUUUGGGGCUGUGAAGGGGUUCUUCCCGGGCCACAGGAUGGUGGCCUAUAGGAACCGCCUGAUCAAGCUGCUGCCAGGCGACCGUCUGUCGCGGCGCGCGAGCGCGCGGCCGGUUGCGGCCGCGGCCGCGGCGGCGGUCGCGGACGCGCAGGCGGCGUCGGGCCUCGCAGACACGGGCCAGUGA